GAAAAUCCCUAUAACUCUCAUGUUCACGUGACCGUGACCUACGAGAUCACAGUCGAUCACAGGUCGGCACAAGUUCUGUCACGACAAGCAGCACGACCACCAGCCUGAAAUUGCUCGCUGUUUAAGAGCAAACCAAAAAAAAUUGCUGCUAGGAAUACUGCAAUGGCUGGCUGGGUUGCGCGCAAGGUGAAACGAGACUUCAAAUUUCGGAAAAGGUCAAAUAGCGUAGGUCUCAACCUGCAAGAAAUUUAUCUGCGCGACGACAUUGCAUGCGGCAGCGCUGCGUGCCAUACGUGUGUUCAGACUUCGCCGCGUCUUCCAGCGAAUGCUUCUCAUUAUUUGAUCCCAAAUGCAGAUGCGUUGCUUAAUUUUUGGGAGGUUUUGGAUCUACCUCAAGUUACUGCAGUAGUUUAUUUGGCUUCAGUGGUGAGAGAGGUUCAAUUACGAUCAAACCAACGAAAUUGGCGACGUUUAAGGUUGCUUUUUUCUGAUAAAAGGCGACGAAGCUUUUAUUUUGAUGAUGAACAUUGCAUUUAUAGUUGGCUUUAUUGCCAGGAUUGCCUCAAAGGAGGAGUUGAAUGUAUUGCAGCAUGGCUACAUGGGCAUUUAGAAGGGUCCAUACCCAUUGUUGUAAUGACUGGAUCUAUUUCCUCUUCAGUGGAAACUCAAGGAAAUGUAUUGGCUAAGCAUUUUGAAAAGGGCCUAUCAUUUAACCUAUCAUCAAGUGAUAAGGAAGCAGUCAUGGUUUUAAAUGCAGCUGAAUACUUUGGUCACUUUUGGAGUCAUGAUACAUCAGUUACAGAGCUGUGUAGCUCACUGAUACAAUCACAAAUUGACAUGAUAAAUAAUACAUAUGAUGAAGAUGCAGCGAAGGAUGAAAAAUCUGGAGUAACUACGCACAAAGAAUUUAUUUAUAAAGAACAUCUUUCAGCAAAUGCAAUUGAAGAGGGCAUCACAAGUGGUGCUCUUCUUAUUGGUAUUUAUCAUGCCAGAAAGCAAACACCUGAUGAAGGAUUUGUUCGCCCUAGCAAUAAAGGCGAGGCAUCUCUGCUUGAAAUUUUAGUUCCUGGUCGAAAGCUACAAAACAGAGCAUUGCAUGGAGAUCAAGUUGCUGUUCGUGUUAUCUCAUCUGGAAGUGCAGAAAAACAGAAAUCUAUGCCACCAGACUAUGGGUCUACUAUUGGGGAUAUAGUCUACAAUGAUAAUAAUGACAAUACUGGCUAUGGAUUUCAAGAAAGUCUUAAUAUGAUUGAGGAUGAAGGAGGUGAAGACCUUUCAUCCAAUAAGAGGCAUGGUGUAAUAAUGGGUGAAAUUGUUGGCAUUGUACAGAGGGCCCAAAGAGAUUAUGUGGCAUGCUUGGAUGAAACUGAAGAGUCAGCUGCUUCGCAAUUGAGCUCUAAAAGGCAGGAGCAGUUACUAUGUGUUCCAAUGGAACAAAGAAUCCCACUGGUCAGAGUUGCAUCGAGGCAAAGGUCUCGUCUGUUGGGGCAAAGGUUUGUUAUAAGAAUAGAUGGAUGGGACAAAAGAUCAAAGAUUCCAAGUGGUCAUGUUGUACGUGUUUUAGGCCCAAUUGGUGACAUCAAUGCAGAAAAUAUGGCCCUGUUGAUAGAGAAUGAUAUCAAUAUCUCUCCUUUCAGCUCAGCUUCACUGCAGGAACUUCCAGAAGAUACAGAGGAACACCCAUGGGUGAUACCUAAAGAAGAAUUGGCCAAUCGUCGAGAUUUACGCUUCUCACAUAGAGCUUACAGCAUUGAUCCUCCUGGAAGUAAGGAUGUGGAUGAUGUUCUUUCGAUUUGUGAGGUGUCUGAUAAUUUUCUCGAGGUUGGAGUUCAUAUUGCAGAUGUAUCAUACUUUGUUAAGCAAGAUUCUCUUUUAGAUCUCGAAGCUCGUACACGUGGUACCACUGUAUAUUUAGUGGGAGAUACUUAUCACAUGCUACCACCUAUCUUGAGUGAAAAUUUAUGCUCUCUCCGUGGAGGGCAGGAUAGACUAGCUGUGAGUGUCAUUUGGACAGUUGAUCCGGACAAUGAUUUUGAAGUUCUAAAUAUUUGGUUUGGAAGAACAGUUAUUAGAUCUCGUCAUCAGAUGUUUUAUGGCCAAGCACAGGCAAUACUUGAUGGUGUUCCCUUGUGUGAGGGAUGGGAAAUUGACGAAAGCCCAGAAAACUUGGCUCAAGUACAAGCAGAUUUGUGCAACCUAGCUUCCUUUUCCAAGGUUCGACGAUCUUUCCGAGAAUCCCAAGGUGCAUUGGAGUUGUCAAGUACAGAAUUAGGUUUUGACCUCGAUGAGGGCAAAGAACCUGUGGAUGUCAAGACAAAACUAAGUCUACCAAUGAAUUGGAUUGUUGCCGAACUGAUGAUUUUUGCCAAUUCUUGUGUUGCACGCCGAAUUUAUGAAUCUUUCCCACAUGCUGCUUUGCUUCGAUGUCAUAGGCCUCCAAGGCUUGACAAUUUCAGUCUGCUUUUCGAGUUAUGUGAGGCACGAGGAUAUAAAUUGGAUGCCUCAAGCAACAAGGCGCUUGCAGAUUCCAUUAAUUGCAUGCGAGACAGUAAUGAUCCAACAAUUGAGAGUGCAUUCAAAGCAUUGGCUGCUCGGGCAAUGUCAGAGGCUGAAUACAUAUCAACUGGAGAAGUUUCAGAAUCGUCAAGUUUUUAUCAUUAUGGACUGGCCCUGGAGUUCUACACACAUUUCACAUCUCCAAUAAGGCGGUAUGCCGACAUUGUUGUGCAUCGGAUGCUUGUUGCAUCGUGUUCAAACACCAUUUCCAGCCAGGGAUCUGUGAACAAAAGGAAUAUUGAUUUUGAAAAAUCUAGAACUGCUGUAUUUAUUGCCAAAGAUCAGAAAGAGGUUGCAGAUCAUCUAAACCAGCGCCAUAGGGCAAGCAAGAGAGCACAAAAGAUGUGCAGUGAGCUGCACCUCUUGAUGUACUUACAGAAACAUGCUGAAGCAGAAUGUGGCUUGGUAAUAGGCAUAUUUGAAAGGAACCUCCUUGUUUUUGUGCCCAAAUAUGAUCUUCGGGGAGUUGUGCAGUUACAGAACAAGAAUGGGAAUGUAAUUCUCCCAUUGGAUAAAGAUGAGACAGAUAGUGAUACCUGUAAUGAUAAAGUUAACAGUAAUGGAGGGAAGAAGUUCAGAUUGCAGUAUCAACAACAGUGUAUUAGCAUAAUUGACUCAUUUGACAAUGUUGUACAUGAAUUUAAACAAAUGACAACACUUUGGGUCCGGAUGCGGGCAGAUGGUUCUCGAGCUCGUACCCCUAGCCUUCGGAUGCAACUUCUAAGUGAAAAGCAUCCAGCAUCUCUUACUGCACAAAAGCAGCGUGCCUCUCUUGCCAAUACAACUCUAGCAUUUAAGGAAAAAGGUCAAGUGCUUCCCAGACACCCACAUAAAGGUCUAUUAGCUUCAAAUUCAGAGCGAAGAAAAGCAAUCCUCAAAAUGGUAGAAUUAGCAGCUUCAGAGCAAUCAAGUGAAGCGGAAAAUGGAAUGGAUCUAGAAAAAAGGGAUAUCUCUUUGAAUAAAGUAACAAUUCAUGAAGCCAUGGAAGAUAUAGAGCAGAUUUUUUAUGAAGUUACAUCGGUGUAUGCAAGCUUUGAAGAUGGAGAGAGAGAGCAAAGAGUGGUGCUUUCUAAAGAGGAAGAAGCAAAAGUUAUUGACAAUAACAAUGGCUUACCCAGUAAAUCAUUGUCAAUAUAUGUAACUUUGGGGAAUUCUUGCAUCAAAUCAGAGGAGGAAGACAGAGGACGCUUGCGGAAGUUGUGGCAAAAACGACUAUCCCAGGCAGCUGAAUUUCGUUCAAGGCAAUUGCGCGCGAAUUCAAGUGAUGCAGAGGAAAAACAGAAAAUGAUGCUUGCAAAAGAACAGAAAGCUCGCCAGCAAGCACAGUACAUUGCAGAGCAUUUUGGAUUAGCCAACAUUUCGAGUGAUGAAUUCAGAAACAAGAAGAAAGUUGAUCUUCUAUAACUCCUAACUCCUAAGGAUGUUGUGGUUGCAAUCUCUCAUGCUGCAUUGUUAAAUAGAUCUCUCAUUUGGGAGAAUGACAAAAGGCUCUCUAUGCUGUAUCAGAAAACAUGAUUGCAAGUGUAAUUUAUGAUGUAUCAGGCUAGAUUAUUGAAGAGAAACGAAUCAUCUGAAGGGUGAAAGCUCACUUUUAUUUGCAUUUGCAUUAGGUCAUUUAACUUCUUACACAAUUUAUAGAAUUGUAUUCUUGUACCAUUCAGGCAGUCUAAUUCAACCAUACUUAAGGUCAAAUGUCAAAUUGAAUUGUCCGUUCCAUUUCAUCAGUCAUAUGUCCUAGAGAAGAGAUUACGAAGUCUCUUUUAAAGUUGAGAAUCUCAUUUAUCUUUAUCGUUAAUUGAAGCAUGUCAGACUUUUUGGUUCUUGUUUUU